CCAUGAAGCUUCAAAUGAAAAUUCGCUCAAUGUUUAGUAACCCAAAUUGUUUAUUAAGUCAACGUAAUCGUCAUCAAUUAUUGGUUACACUCUUGGUCAAUAUAGCCACUUUUUGUCAUGGCCUGGGUGCUGGAUGGAUAUCGCCAGUGAUGAGAGAUUUACAAACGGAAAACUCUCCUUUACCGUUUGAGGUGUAUGUAAAUGAAAUAUCCUGGAUAGGUUCCAUUGUGGGCAUCGGCAGUGUUGUGGGCAAUCUAUUGGCUGGUCUUCUACAAGAUCGCAUUGGACGAAAACUGGUCAUGUAUGGCAUAGCUAUUCCUUAUACGAGCUUCUGGUUAUUGAUUUAUUUUGCUCAAAGUGUAGAAUACUUAUAUGUGGGUCGUUUUUUGGCCGGCAUGACAGGAGGCUCCAGCUAUGUGGUUCUUCCCACAUUCAUAAGUGAGAUUGCUGACGCCAACAUACGAGGUCGUUUGGGCUCUAUGAUUUUGCUGUCGGUGAAUGCUGGCGUUCUAACUGGCUAUGUGGUGUCCACAAAUGUUGCCUACUUUACGGCGCCCAUGUAUAUAAUCCUUUUACCCAUUUGCUAUUUCAUUUGCAAUUUCUUUUUCCCGGAAACUCCAAAUCAUUUGAUUAAGAAGAAUAAAUUUCUCGAAGCAGAGAGAUCAUUUCGUUUCUACAAGAACAUUCAGAAGGAUGAUCAACAUUCAAUGAGUGAGUUUGAGGAUCUUAAGGCACAAUUGAUCAAGGAGCAGGACUUGAGAGGCAAAUCUCUUACUUAUCAAGAUUUCAUUAAUAGACCAGCAUUUAAGGCUUAUGCCUCGGCCUUUGUUCUACUGAUGUCGAAUCAGUUUAGCGGCAGUUUCUGUGUCACCACAUAUGUGGCCGAUAUAUUCACUGCCUCGCAUACCACUCUCGAUGUCAAUAUGUGCACAAUAAUUAUUGGCGUAAUGCAGAUUGUGGGUAAUUAUGUGACAACUUUGUUAUGUGAUAAAUAUGGUCGUCGCAUCCUGAUGUUGGUGUCCACAUCGGGUGCCAGUUUGUGCCUGGCGGCCUUUGGCAUUUACACAUAUUUCGCCCAACUCUAUGACCUGACCUCUGUGGGUUGGUUGCCCCUUUUCAUUUUAUCCCUCUAUGUUUUUUUGUGCAACAUAGGCCUUGUGGGUUGCCUAUUUGUGGUGCUUGUCGAGGUAUUUCCCAAUAAGAUACGCACAGCGGCAGUUUCCACAUUUGUCGUAAUUUUAAGCUUUACGGUCUUCCUUACGCUCAAAAUGUUUCCCAUUUGUGUGGCUCUUUGGGGCAUUUCGGUGACCGUGUGGUGUUGCAGUGGCUUCUCCCUGGCCGGUUUCCUCUAUUUUUUAUUGUUUCUUGAGGAAACCAAAGGCAAAUCGCUACUGGCAUAAGAUAAAUUUGUUUUGUUUGGCAUUAUGAGAGUAUAUUUCAUCCCAGAUUAAUUCUAAUAGCCACUUGGGGGCACUUGUUGAAGCGAUUAGUCAUUUAGGAUACUUGGCCGAAACAAGACUGAGAAGUUUAAGAAUUGUUAAUUUGUUGUAUGAAUAAAUUGAAAAGAAUUUGUGAAAACUGAGCAUUCCAUUUACUUGUUGAAUCGCAGGAAUCGCUUCUCUAGUUCUUGUGUUCGUAAAUUAACAGCCUUUUGCCCAAUUUCUAAAAAAAAAAAA